AUGGCGAGUUACUUGAACUUAGACGAAUUCAAUGUAGAACAACUUUUGGCUCUCAAUAGCAUCAUAGAUAGUGAUGAUGAUAUGGAUACGAGGGUGGAGAACAUCAUGGUCGACAAAAACUACAGGAUUGCACCUGAUGAUAAGGGCAAAGAUCUCUUUGAAGGAGAAAGACAAUUCAUAGAUGAAGUUGACCGUGAUAUGGAGGUAAAGAAACCCAGACGCCUUCCCCUGAACUGUAAGGGAAGAAGAGGAAUUAUGCCCACAUGGAAAUACUCUGACAGGCAAAAGGUAAAGGCCUUACUUGUAGAGGAGGCAUACCAAAAUCUACUAGCAAGAGGCGUUCAGGGAUUACCACCAACGAUGGGAGGUAGAUGGCGCACGGAUGAUCCUCAGGUAAAUGAGGAAAUCAAGAGGAUUAAGAACGAGAGGAACCCUAAGAUCAAGCGUCCUAGAGGUAGACCACCAAAGGUAAAGUCUGAUGCUGAAGUGAAGAUUCCUAAGAAGAGAGGUAGACAACCAAAGGCAAAGUCCGAUGCUGAAGUGAAGAUUCCCAAAAAGAGAGGUAGACCACCAAAGGCAAAGUCUGAUGCUAAGGUUAAAAGGCAAACUGUAGCUGAAAGAUUCCUGAGCCAGAGGAAGGUAAAACUCUCGGUACCUGCAGAUAGUGUCAUAACUCCAGCUGGUCCAGGUAAGUUUACAAUUCAUGUGGAUCUUAAUAAGAGACCUGUGAGGAAAGCUCCCGAGGUGCCUAAGGGUGUAGCUCCAUGGAGGCCUGUACCUAAGCCUAGAACCGUACUUCCUAAGGAAAAACCUGUACCGAAACCUAGAACUAAGCUUCUCAGGGAAAAACCUGUACCUAAACCUAGAACCAUCAAAAUAGUGUCUCCUCCUAAGUUACGUAAGCCUGUAAAGAUGUCGAGGGAAGUUAAGGAGCAGCCUAUAGUGGUUACACCAGAGGAACAUGAAAUCGAUCCAUUUGGAACAGACCUUGAAAAGCCAUUCCACAGGAAAAUCGAAACAGCCGCAAAUGGAGCCGCCGUGACUUACUCGAUAACUCCUCAUUAUAUGGACCCCCUGGACCAGAUGACCGCAAGUAGACAGGUAGUGAGAGGAAUACUUGUGAACGAGUUGAAGAGAAUGGGUGGGUUGAAGUACACGGAGACUAUAAAGGUGAGAAUGUCAAAGGAAAUCGGUGACGGGAAAACGGACUCGGUCUACUUCAAAUCUAAAACUGGUACUGCGACUAACUUCGAGGACAUUGAAAGUACUGCUGCUCAAAACCAACUGACAAUAUUGUCUAGAAUUGAAACCUUCCAAAACUUAGGUUCAAAUUGGAUUAUACUCAAUAUUGAGAGUCAUUACGUAAACAUUGCAAUGUACAAACCGUUGAAGGGAAGUUCGUAUAUAAAACUUCCAGUGGACAUUAGUAAUCCAAAGUGUGGGCUCAUCAAUAUGAAGAACAAUGACAACCUGUGUUUCCUGUGGAGUCAUGUAAGACAUCUGAGACCUAAGGCUAGAAGAGCAACCACUAUCACACGGAAAGAUAGGGAAUUCAUAACGAACCUGGACUACGACGGUAUAGACUUCCCUGUGAAGAUCAGCGAUAUCGACAAGAUUGAGAGGAAAAACAGUAUCAACAUAUCGGUGUUCGGUUACAGUGGUAAGAAACAGUUCUACCCCAUAAGGAACUCUAAGGCUAAACAUGAUGAGCAUAUGGAGCUUCUACUCCUGGGUGAUAGUGAAGGUAACAACCAUUACGUUCUCAUAAAGGAUGUAAACAGGAUGCUCUUCAGUGUAAGUAAACAUACAAAUAAGAAGCACUUCUGUCUACACUGUCUUCAUAGUUGUGUGAGCAAAGAGGUGCUGGAGAAUCCGUGCCGUAAAUCUUCCCAAGGAAGGGACAAAAAUCAAGUUCAAAAAUCACAGGAACUCAAUGCCUGUGCCGUUUGUGAUAUACGCUGAUUUUGAGUCCAUACUAGUACCAGAGGAGAGAAAAGUGGAGUCGGAACACUCUGAGGACAAAAGUAGUACAGACCUUUACCAGACACACAAGGCUUGUAGUUUUGGUUUGAAAACAGUCUGCCACUAUGAUGAUAAGUACUCCGGUGAGUAUAAGAGUUAUGUUGGAGAGGAUGCUGCAUUGGUCUUCCUAAAGACUGUAUUAAGGGAGUCCUUCAGGUGUAGAGAGAUGGUUAACAAUAUAUUCAAGAAAAAGAUGGUAAUUACACCUGAACAGGAAUUCGAAUUCCAAGCUGCAAGAAACUGCUCAAUAUGUGGUAACGAUCUUGGUGAGGAUAGAGUAAGAGACCAUGACCAUGCAACCGGCCUGUAUCGUGGAGCUGCUCAUAAUAUAUGCAACCUGAAGUACAGAAUUACAUGGAAAGUACCUGUUGUCUUCCACAACCUGAGAGGUUACCAUAGUCAUCUGAUUAUGCAGGAAAUUGGCAAGUUUAAGAUGGACGUUAAUGUGAUUCCAAAUAACAUGGAAAAAUAUAUUUCAUUCUCACUAGGUAAAAAUCUUGUCUUCAUAGACUAUACAGUUCAUGGCUUCUUCACUGGAAGCACUGGUAAGUAACCUUUCACCUGAGGACUUUAAAAUAGUAGGUGAGAGGUGGAAAGGUGAGGACUUCAACCUAGUGACACAAAAAGGAGUGUUUCCAUAUGAGUUCCUCGAUGAUAUUAGCAAACUCGAUACAGAAGGUCUUCCGAGUAAGGAUAAGUUCUACUCUUCACUCUACGAGUCAGAGGUGAAGGAAGAAGAUUACCAGAGAGCUCAGAAAGUAUGGGAUCACUUCAAGAUGAAAACCCUGAGAGACUACCACGAUCUCUACCUGGAGACCGACGUUCUUCUGUUAGCUGAUGUGUUUGAAAACUUUAGGAGAACAUGUCUGGAAAAUUACAAACUAGACCCUGCACAUUACAUGUCAGCACCUAGUAUAAGUUGGGACGCUUUUCUAAAACAGUCAGGUGAAGAAAUAGAACUUGUAAGUGAUAUGGAUAUGUUCCAGUUCUUCGAGAAGGGUAUGAGAGGUGGUACAAGUUAUAUUGCUCAUAGACACUCAACAGCUAAUAAUAAGCACAUGGAGACGUACGAUGGGUCAUCUGAAAGUAAGUACUUAAUGUACCUCGAUGCUAACAAUUUAUAUGGCUGGGCAAUGUCACAAUCACUCCCAAAUGGAGAGUUCAAGUGGGUUGAGGAAUUCGACGGUAUAAAUCUAGAUGAUUACCUUGAGGACAGCGAAAGAGGUAUGGUUUUAGAGGUUGACCUAGACUAUCCAGAGGAACUUCACAAUCUACAUAACGGUUAUCCUUUAGCACCAGAGAGUAAGGAAAUUGAUUCUUCCAUGUUGUCAGAUUAUGCUAAAAGUAUUGCUGAGAAAUUCCAGCUGAAAAUUGGAGGAGUAAAGAAACUUGUAACUUCACUAGGUCCAAAGAAGAACUACGUCUUGCAUGUACGUAAUCUAAAACUGUACGCGGACCUUGGAAUGAAACUCACGAAGGUCCAUAGAGCAGUUACAUUUAAACAGUCUCCCUGGCUUAAGAACUAUAUAGACUUCAAUACGAAGAAAAGGUCUGCAGCCCGUAAUACAUUCGAAAAGAACUUCUUCAAGUUGAUGAACAAUUCGAUUUAUGGAAAGACUAUGGAAAAUCUUAGGAAAAGAGUUGAUGUGAAAUUAAUGUCCUCCAAAGAUGACCUCCUAAAACUGACAGCGUCACCGUGCUUCCAGUCACAUCGAAUCAUGAAUGAGAACCUUAUAGUGGUAAAGCGGAUGAAAGAAGUUCUAACGCUAAAUAAGCCGUGUUGUGUAGGAAUGAGCAUCCUAGACUUAUCCAAAACUUUAAUGUAUGAUUUUCACUACAACACCAUCAAGAAGGAGUACGGUAAUAGUUCAAGGUUACUGUUCACUGACACUGACAGUCUAAUGUAUGAACUGAAGACGGAUGAUGUUUAUGAGGACUUUAAGAGAAUUGGUGAAAAGCAAAACUGCUGGGAUAAUUCAGAUUAUCCAAAAGAUUCUCCGUACUACUCAACUCACAACAAGAAGGUUAAGGUAAGUUUAAGGAUGAAGCUGAAGGAGUACCUAUAAUUGAGUUCGUUGGGUUGAGGUCAAAGAUGUACUCCUAUGUAAAGGAAAACGGUGGAGGUGGAAUGACUGCUAAAGGAGUUAAAAAGUAUGUCAUCAGAAACAAGCUCACUCAUGAGAACUUCAAGAACGUAAUUAACACGAAAGGUAGGAUGAGACACAACAUGAAUACAAUAAGAAGUGUAAAACAUGAAAUUGGAACUUACGAAUUAAAGAAGGUUACUCUGAGUUGCUUCGAUGAUAAAAGGUAUCUUUUGGAGGAUGGAGUUACCAGUUAUGCUUACGGUAACAAGAAUAUAAAAAAUAGUAACUGAGAAGUUCCCACAGAGUAGAAAGUAAUAAUCCUAAAGGGUAAAUAAGCAGGAAGGGCCCCCUGCCUUGUGUACCCUCAAGGAGGAAAUAAAAGAUGUUGAAAAGGCUUUGGAAUAGGAAGGUUGGAUGAUAUUGGGAAAGUGUAGUCUCAGCUUUGAGAUAAGUUAAAUAAAAAACAAGAACAGCAGUUUCACAUUCUAAUUAAAUGUACCAACCAUUAAUUUUAAUAUAAUAAAAAUAAAUGAUUUUUAAUAAAGAUAAAAAACUGAUGGUCAAGAAAAAUUGCUAGUGGUCUAGAAAAUUGGAGCUCGGGAAAAAGUGGUCUAGAAACCUCAGUUCCUAUACUACUAAUGGAUUAUCUUAGCUUGUUUUCCCUUUUAACUGUCACAUUUGUCUGUCAAUGCUGUUAUAAUUUACAUGAAAAUCAGUCUAAAUUAUCUAGAAAUUUACCUGAAAUUACUCAUGAACUAUUGGUGGGUGUUACACUUUAUUACACCCCUCUGGUCGCCACGUCCCUGUUUAUAUACUUGUCCGAAAGGUAAAAAGCAAUUCAUUAAGUUGCAUUUUGUAGCUCAUGCGCAUUAUCUUAUAAUGUUUUCCCCCGUAUAUAAGAGUAAAAGUAUUUCCUUCUAGGUUCGACAACUAGAAAGAUAAUUAAAAACCCAGCAAAAUAACGCCAAAGAUCUAGAAAGUGAAAUUCAUGCUCAGGAAAACAAGAUAGAAAAGCUUGAAAAGAAAUAUCAAGGUAGUCAAAUUCGCGAAUGCACUGAUACGAGAAAUAAAUGUUUUAGGACGAAUCCGCAGUUUAGGUGAGAUAUAAAGUAAAGAAUAAAAGUUUGGAUCCAACCUUGUUCCUAGGCUCUUGUCUUCGACUUCGUAUUUAGUCUUCUAAAGAUUCAUAUGUUGUUUAUGGAGCGAAAAGGGAAAGCUAGUCGCGCCAGCCAAAUAUUCUGCUAUUCUGCAAUUUAUUUAUCCUUAUUAUUUUUUUUCAAUCAACCAAUCAUACAAAUCUUUUCGUUGAAUUGGCAAAUACCCUUCCCCUUUCGGAGAUAAGCAAUAUUUGACAAUAUUUGGUAGGUACAUAUAUGACAGCACGUUUCUCAUAAUUGAUUCACUCUCCCAUAAUACCAUCUUUUGCAUUUCUCUUGCAACUUUCUCCAAUACUCCAAAACAACUUUACCAAACUUGUUCUUAUUCAUGUUAACAAUUAACUUCCAAUAGAACUUGUCGCGUGCCCCCAACAUUUAUUGACGAACGGAAAUAAAAUCCGUAAAUACAAUGCCCGAGUGAUUUGUAAUAACAGUAAAGCUAUGAUCUUUUGCAGAUAUCAUCAAUCGCGUUGAUGUGUUUUAUCCCCAAUCAUGUUCGAAGUUACGAAGAAGAAUACCUUCAACCACCAGUGGAAUGUAUUUUAUUAAUCCUCAAGGACUUAACUCUUCGCCAUUAGUUCAAGUAUACUGUGAUAUGAGCUCGAAGGAUGGUGUUGGUGUGACAUUGAUUGGGCACAACAGUGAGUCAGCAACAUAUGUGAGGGGGUAUGAAUCCGCAGGUUCUUACAGGCGAAGGAUUAAUUAUAAAAUCUCUAUGGAACAAAUUGUUGCCAUUAUGAAACACUCUGAGAAUUGUGAACAGUAUAUAAAAUAUCGAUGUUUCCAUACCAUGAUAUGGUGGGGACACCAGCAACAAGCUUGGUGGGUAUCGCGUCAAGGACAUCGGAUGAAUUACUGGGGCGGAGCGGCAAUUAACAGUGGAAAAUGUGCAUGUGGAAUGACCAACAGCUGUAAUGGUGAAGGAAAAUGUAAUUGUGACAAGAAUGACGAAUAUUGGCAUCAGGACAGUGGAUAUCUGACUGACAAGAACAGACUGCCUGUUACUAAGCUACGAUUCGGAGAUACAGGAGAUGGUACAAACAGAGAAUAUGGUUACCAUACCUUAGGAAAGUUACAAUGCUGGGGUUAA